AUGCGCAUUGCGUCCUGCUUUUGGCCGCUCUGCGCAUCGCGCCGACCAGGCCGCCGCCGUCGCAAUGCGCAAUGCGGCCACCCUGCCGGCCGCAUUGCGACGAUCCGCCACCGUGAUGCGCUAACCCGCCGCUCCCAUACGCUCUCAUUCCCUCUCACCCACUCUCUUACGCUCUCAUUCCCUCUCACCCACUCUCUUACGCUCUCAUUCCCUCUCACCCCCUCUCUUACGCUCUCAUUCCCUCUCACCCCCUCUCUUACGCUCUCAUUCCCUCUCACCCACUCUCACACCCUCUCAUUCCCUCUCACCCACUCUCAUACGCUCUCAUUCCCCCCACCCACUCUCAUACGCUCUCAUUCCCUCUCACCCACUCUCAUACGCUCUCAUUCCCUCUCACCCACUCUCAUACGCUCUCAUUCCCUCUCACCCACUCCCAUACGCUCUCAUUCCCUCUCACCCUCUCUCAUACGCUCUCACUCCCUCUCACCCACUCUCAUACGCUCUCAUUCCCUCUCACCCACUCUCUCACGCUCUCAUUCCCUCUCACCCACUCUCAUACGCUCUCAUUCCCUCUCACCCACUCUCAUACGCUCUCCUUCCCUCUCACCCACUCUCAUACGCUCUCAUUCCCUCUCAUCCCUUCUCAUCCCCUCUCAUUCACUCUCAUACACUCUCCUAUACUCUCAUACUCUCUCAUCAUCCCUUAUCAUACACUCUCAUUCACUCUCAUCCCCUCUCAUCCUCUCUCAUCCCAUGUCAUUCCCUCUCAUAUACUCUCACACCCUCUCACUAUCAUAUACACUCUCAUCCCCUCUUAUACACUCCCCAACACACUCAUACACUCUCAUCCCUGCUCAUCCCCUAUCAUCCCCUCUCAUCCCCUCUCAUCCCCUAUCAUCCCAUCUUAUACACUCUCACCCACUCUCAUACGCUCUCAUACCCUCUCACCCACUCUCAUACGCUCUCAUUCCCUCUCACCCACUCUCAUACUCUCUCAUUCCCUCUCACCCACUCUCAUACGCUCUCAUUCCCUCUCACCCACACUCAUACGCUCUCAUUCCCUCUCACCCACUCUCAUACGCUCUCAUUCCCUCUCACCCACUCUCAUACGCUCUCAUUCCCUCUCACCCACUCUCAUACUCUCUCAUUCCCUCUCACCCACACUCAUACGCUCUCAUUCCCUCUCACCCACACUCAUACGCUCUCAUUCCCUCUCACCCACACUCAUACGCUCCCAUUCCCUCUCACCCACUCUCAUACGCUCUCAUUCCCUCUCACCCACUCUCAUACGCUCUCAUUCCCUCUCACCCACUCUCAUACUCUCUCAUUCCCUCUCAUCCACUCUCAUCAACUCUCAUACGCUCUCAACCCCUCCCAUCCACUCUCAUCCCCUCUCAUCCCCUCUCACACACUCUCAUUCCCACUCAUCUUCUCUCGUCCUAUCUCACACACUAUCAUUCCCCCACAUUCACUCUCAUCAACUAUCAUACACUCAUAUUCACUCUCAUCCCCUCUCAUCCCCUCUCAUCCACUCUCAUCCCCUCUCAUCCACUCUCGUUCCCCUUCACACACUCUCAUUCCCUCUCAUACACUCUCCUCUCAUCCCCCCUCAUCCCCUCUCACACACUCUCGUUCCCUCUCAUACACUCUCGUACCCUCUCUUCCACUCACAUUCCCUCUCAUCCCUUCUCUUCCACUCUCAACCCCUCUCAUCCCAUCUCUUCCACUCUCAUUCCCUCUCAUCCCCUCUCCUACACUCUAAUCCCCUCUCAUACACUCUCAUUUCCACUCAUCCCCUCUCAUUCACUCUCGUUCCCUCUCAUCCCCUCUCAUUCACGUUCAUCCCCUUUCAUCCCCUCUCAUCCCCUCUCAUCCACUCUCAUACGCUCUCAUUCCCUCUCACCCACCCUCACACCCUCUCAUUCCCUCUCACACACUCUCAUACGCUCUCAUUCCCUCUCACCCACUCUCAUACCCUCUCAUUCCCUCUCACCCAUACGCUCUCAUUCCCUCUCACCCACCCUCACACGCUCUCAUUCCCUCUCACCCACUCUCAUUCACUCUCAUAAGCUCUCAUCCCCCCUCAUCCCCUCUCACACACUCUCGUUCCCUCUCAUACACUCUCGUACCCUCUCUUCCACUCACAUUCCCUCUCAUCCCUUCUCUUCCACUCUCAACCCCUCUCAUCCCAUCUCUUCCACUCUCAUUCCCUCUCAUCCCCUCUCCUACACUCUAAUCCCCUCUCAUACACUCUCAUUUCCACUCAUCCCCUCUCAUUCACUCUCGUUCCCUCUCAUCCCCUCUCAUUCACCUCUCAUCCCCCCUCAUCCCCUCUCACACACUCUCGUUCCCUCUCAUACACUCUCGUACCCUCUCUUCCACUCACAUUCCCUCUCAUCCCUUCUCUUCCACUCUCAACCCCUCUCAUCCCAUCUCUUCCACUCUCAUUCCCUCUCAUCCCCACUCCUACACUCUAAUCCCCUCUCAUACACUCUCAUUUCCACUCAUCCACUCUCAUACGCUCUCAUUCCCUCUCAUCCCUUCUCAUACGCUCUCAUUCCCUCUCACCCACUCUCAUACGCUCUCAUUCCCUCUCACCCACUCUCAUACUCUCUCAUUCCCUCUCACCCACACUCAUACGCUCUCAUUCCCUCUCACCCACACUCAUACGCUCUCAUUCCCUCUCACCCACACUCAUACGCUCUCAUUCCCUCUCACCCACUCCCAUACGCUCUCAUUCCCUCUCACCCACUCUCAUACUCUCUCAUUCCCUCUCACCCACUCUCAUACGCUCUCAUUCCCUCUCACCCACACUCAUACGCUCUCACCCCCUCUCACCCACUCCCAUACGCUCUCAUUCCCUCUCACCCACUCUCAUACUCUCUCAUUCCCUCUCACCCACUCUCAUACUCUCUCAUUCCCUCUCACCCACACUCAUACGCUCUCAUUCCCUCUCACCCACACUCAUACGCUCUCAUUCCCUCUCACCCACACUCAUACGCUCCCAUUCCCUCUCACCCACUCUCAUACGCUCUCAUUCCCUCUUACCCACACUCAUACGCUCUCAUUCCCUCUCACCCACACUCAUACGCUCCCAUUCCCUCUCACCCACUCUCAUACGCUCCCAUUCCCUCUCACCCACUCCCAUACGCUCUCAUUCCCUCUCACCCACUCUCAUACUCUCUCAUUCCCUCUCACCCACUCUCAUACUCUCUCAUUCCCUCUCACCCACACUCAUACGCUCUCAUUCCCUCUCACCCACACUCAUACGCUCUCAUUCCCUCUCACCCACACUCAUACGCUCCCAUUCCCUCUCACCCACUCUCAUACGCUCUCAUUCCCUCUCACCCACACUCAUACGCUCUCAUUCCCUCUCACCCACACUCAAACGCUCCCAUUCCCUCUCACCCACUCUCAUACGCUCUCAUUCCCUCUCACCCACUCUCAUACGCUCUCAUUCCCUCUCACCCACACUCAUACUCUCUCUUUCCCUGUCACCCACUCUCAUACGCUCUCAUUCCCUCUCACCCACACUCAUACGCUCUCAUUCCCUCUCACCCACACUCAUACGCUCUCAUUCCCUCCCACCCACUCUCAUACGCUCUCAUUCCCCUAUCAUCCCCUCUCAUCCCCUCUCAUCCCAUCUUAUACACUCUCACCCACUCUCAUACACUCUCUUACACACUCUCAACCCUCCUCAUCCACUCUCAUACACUCUCAACUCCUCUCAUCCUCUCUCAUGCACUAUCAGACACUCUUAAACACUCUUAUCCCCUCGCAUACACACUCAUACCCCCUAAUCCGCUCUCGUCCACCCCCAUACACUUCCAUACACUCUCAUUCAAUCUCAUCCCCUCUCAUCCCCUCUCAUCCCAUCUCAUUCCCUCGCAUAUACUCUCAUACCCACUCCCCCUCUCAUACACACUCAUCCCCUCUCAUACACACUCAUCCCCUCUCAUCCCCGUACACAUACUCCCGUUCCCUCUCAUCCCCUCUCAUUCCCUCUCAUUCCCUCUCUUUCCCUCUUAUCCCCUUUCAUCCCCUCUCAUCCCCUCUCAUACGCUCUCAUACACUCUCUUGUCUGAAGAUGAUGCUGUCAACAUUUACAAGGGGAAGCUCUACCCAACUGCUGUAGCAGCAAGGGAGAAGGUGCGGUCGUACUGUAGGCAGCAGACGUUUGCUCCCUAUUUCCGCUAUAAUCGGUCGAAUCUCAUUGAGGUGUGGUGCAAGUCCAUGGAGGGCAAGGUAUGGCCUCGUGGGGAGGUGCACAUCGGAGAAGGGAUGUGUCCAUUCCGUGUUGUCAUGCGGGGACCGCGCUAUAGUAACCUGCGGGUCACGGUGGCUGAUUUGGAUCACGCCGAUAGGUGUCAAGCCAUGCGUAGACAAGGACAGCCAGGUGAUAUGGAGGAGGAGUCAUGCAGCGAGGAUGAUGGGAGUGUCGGUUUGGUUGAAGGGAUUGGUGAAGUGGAUGAGGAGGGACGGGAUGAUCGUGAUGCCGUGACAUAUGGUGGGGCGCUGGUCGAGGUGUUUGGUAGGGAUCCCGGAACUGCCGGUGAUGUUGGUCUUGGAGAACGCACAACCACAAACUCAGACUUGCCCACUCAAACGGACAAUUCGGGGGCGACACAGAUAGACAUCACCCAAGAGAGUCAGGCGGGACGAGUGUCGGAUACUUCGGUGGCCGAGCGGGUGGAAGGGUUGAGGACGGCGGAGGACGUGGUUGCAGGGCGUAUACGGCGGAUGCAGGGAUUACUCCUGCAGCGUGAUGUGGCAAGACAGGCAGGAGAGGAACGUGCAACAAAUGAAGCAGGGGUUGAGAGGGCAGCAGGGGAUGGGAGGACACCCGGGGUUGCGAGGGCAGCAGGGGAUGGCAAGGCAGCAGGGGAUGGCCUGGCAGCAGGGGAGCGGCGGACAGGCAGGGUUGGGAGGGCGGCAGCGGACGGGAGGGCAGCAGGGGUUGGGAGGGCAGCAGGGGAUGGCAAGGCAGCAUGGGAUGACAGGGCAGCAGGGGAGCAGCGGACAGGCAGGGUUAGGAGGGCAGCAGGGGUUGGGAGGGCAGCAGAGGAUGGGAGGGCAGCAGGGGUUGGGAGGGCAGCAGGGGAUGGGAGGGCAGCAGGGGUUGGGAGGGCAGCAGGGGUUGGGAGGGCAGCAGGGGUUGGGAGGGCAGCAGGGGUUGGGAGGGCAGCAGGGGAUGGCAAGGCAGCAUGGGAUGACAGGGCAGCAGGGGAGCAGCGGACAGGCAGGGUUAGGAGGGCAGCAGGGGUUGGGAGGGCAGCAGAGGAUGGGAGGGCAGCAGGGGUUGGGAGGGCAGCAGGGGAUGGGAGGGCAGCAGGGGUUGGGAGGGCAGCAGGGGUUGGGAGGGCAGCAGGGGUUGGGAGGGCAGCAGGGGUUGGGAGGGCAGCAGGGGAUGGCAAGGCAGCAUGGGAUGACAGGGCAGCAGGGGAGCAGCGGACAGGCAGGGUUGGGAGGGCAGCAAGGGUUGGGAGGGCAGCAGAGGAUGGGAGGGCAGCAGGGGUUGGGAGGGCAGCAGGGGAUGGGAGGGCAGCAGGGGUUGGGAGGGCAGCAGGGGUUGGGAGGGCAGCAGGGGUUGGGAGGGCAGCAGGGGAUGGCAAGGAGGCAUGGGAUGACAGGGCAGCAUGGGAUGACAGGGGAGCAGGGGUUGGGAGGGCAGCAGGUGUUGGGAGGGCAGCAGGGGAUGGCAAGGAGGCAUGGGAUGACAGGGCAGCAUGGGAUGACAGGGGAGCAGGGGUUGGGAAGGCAGCAGGGGUUGGGAGGGCAGCAGGGGUUGGGAGGGCAGCAGGGGUUGGGAGGGCAGCAGGGGUUGGGAGGGCAGCAGGGGUUGGGAGGGCAGCAGGGGUUGGGAGGGCAGCAGGGGUUGGGAGGGCAGCAUGGGAUGGGAGGGCAGCAGGAUACGAGAGGCCAAUUUGGGUCCCAGGAUGCGUUACAAGGGCAAUUUGGGUACGUCCAAGCCCUUAA